CUGCGUUUCUUAUCGGCGGUUAUUCACUGCUGUACCAGCUUCCUUUUUCAGAUCCGGUGCGCCUUUCUUUAAAAACGGACACAGUAAUGGUUUAAAGGAACGAGAGACAAGAUGUCCAAGCCUCCUUGUGUGAUGUUUGGCCAGGUGGUGAUUGGUCCCCCAGGCUCCGGUAAGACAACCUACUGUCUCGGCAUGCAGGAGUUUCUGACAAAGCUAGGUCGCAAGGUCGUGGUGGUGAACCUUGACCCCGCCAAUGACGGCCUUCCUUACCAGUGCUCAGUGGACAUUGCAGAGCUGGUGACUCUCGAUGAUGUCAUGGACGGGCUGAAACUGGGGCCCAAUGGUGGGCUGAUUUACUGCAUGGAGUACCUGGAGGCCAAUUUCGAUUGGCUGGAGAAGAAACUGGAACCGUUCAAAGGCUGCUAUUUUCUUUUUGACUGCCCCGGACAGGUGGAACUUUACACACACCAGAACUCGGUGAAGAAUAUUUUUGCACAGCUGACAAAGUGGAAUUUUAGGCUGACUGCUGUCCACUUGGUGGAUUCCCAUUAUUGUGCAGACCCUGCCAAGUUCAUCUCAGUGCUGUGCACCUCGCUCUCCACCAUGCUGCAUGUGGAACUGCCCCAUGUGAACGUCCUUUCCAAGAUGGAUUUAAUGGAACAGUUUGGGAAACUUGCAUUCAACCUUGACUAUUACACCGAAGUGCUGGAUCUCUCGUAUUUGUUGGAGCAUUUGGCCUCGGACCCAUUUUUCAAGAAGUUCAAACGCCUGAAUGAAAAGCUUGUGGAAUUGAUUGAAGAUUACAGUCUGGUGUCCUUCGUACCUUUAAACGUGCAGGACAAGGAGAGUAUGGUCCAGGUGAUGAAGGUGGUGGAUAAAGCAAACGGGUACUGCUUCGGGGAUCUGGAAGAAAGAAGCAUGGAGGCAAUGAUGUCAGCAGCGGUGGGAGCGGAUUUUCAUUUUGCUUCGACCUUGGCUGUGCAGGAGAAGUAUUUGGAAUCGAAUACAAAGACAGUGGAAGAGGAGGUGAUGGAUCUGUAGGGCCAAGCACAGUACAGGUGUGGGUCUUCUGACCAUGUUGAAGAAAAUGUCUUUACCUUCCUUCAAGGGCUUCAACUAUUGAGCUUGGACACACACACACACUUGGUGAAAUCAUUCAUGGCUCUGAAAAGAUCACACAAAUUAUGAUCUUAUACUCGGUCUGGGAAUAUGAAGAAUCGCAUGUAAAUACUAAACAAAAUAUAUCAUGAAAAUGUUGUGUACUGUUUUUGUGAAUUUUGUCAUGAUUGUCAAAGUUUAUUUUAUAGCUUGUCUAAGAUCUUCAACCGAAGAGAAAUGAAAAUAUUGCUAGUGCUAUUAAGAGGUAUAUCGUCUCAUGCAUAGGUUUCCACUUAUGAUCCAUAAGUAUGUCCCAGAUGGUCCUUGAAAAAUGUUUAUCUUGCAUGCAUUUAUCAAUGACUUCAGUUUUAAUACGCGAUUGUUUUUUAUGACCAUAAGGACCAUAUCUUUAAGGCCUGUCUUUAAUUAACUCCAAUUUUUUGAAAGAGGUAUAAAACAUCUGUUAAUGCUACAGAACUAGAUAGAACCAAACAACUGAGUUAUCUAUUUCUAGCGCUCUUAAGCACUCAUUCAUUAUAUAAAAAUUAACAUGAUUUUUUUCUCCUUUCAAAAAAUAGGAGUUGAUUAAAGAAUGGAGGAAAACGUUAGGUGCCAUUACUUUUAGAUAUGUUUAAAUGUGUGUGUUUUUAGUCUCAUCCCUAAACACCAAGACCACACCUCAGAAAAGCUGGUAUCCAUGUGUCCUAGAGGCCUGUUUUCUCCUGAUAAACUGAAGUAUUUCAAUCACUUGAGAUGAAAUUCCUUUUUACCCCACGAGGGGGCAAAGUGCAGCAUUAGCAAUGGAGCUGCAGGAUUGCCUCCAAAAAUAUUUUCGGUGAUCAGGAUUUGGGUCUUGCGCAAAACUGUAGAACCCCAAUGGAUUAAGAGCUAUGAAAGCUGUAGAAAUGUAUUUGUUCUGUUGUUAAAUUCCACAGCUGGAUCACUGCAUGGGAGUCCUCCUAUCUGAUUCAGAGAGUCAUUACAAAGGCAUUAGCCAAAGCAUUUGUCUUGACUUUGUUUCUCAUCAUUUUUGUUUCAUCAACUUUAGCUGGGCCAUUGGCGGGUCAGUCAGUCAACAAGAAAAUGUCACAGCUAUUAGUCGCACUGUGUCUGUGCGGCAGAAUUAUGCGAUCGCUUGUUAAGCCUUCUCGAAGGACAUGUCAUGCAUUAGGACCUGCUGAAGAUGGCGUGCUGGUGGUCAAAGAAAGUGUGCUCAGCUGACAACAAUGUCUCACUCAGGUCUGAAAAUGUCCUUCAUUAGGAAAACCACACAGAGAUCAGAGGAGCGGGCAGGGGCAACUGCAGGCUCAGCACACACCCAGCCAAUGUGCAGCGGCAGUGUUAUACGCAUUGAGCUGUUUUAUCAUGGGGCACAAUAAAUGACAGAUGGUCCGGAGAUUAUUGGGAUGAUCAACGUGGCGUUUGCAAAUGAUACCUGAUGAUACAGCUUGAGCGGGGCAGCACACUUUGCAGCACUGUGUUGUGAAGUUAAACAUCGCAGCUCAAUUAACACUGACAGCCUCACAAGGAAACCCAGCCUCCUGCAUGUGUGUGUGUGUGUUUAAGAUGCAUCUCCUUGAUUAAGGCAGAUGUAUGCCACUUGGAUUGUAGAAGACGAAUCACAUACUGACAAUGAUAGAGUACAAACCGAUCAUGAAAACAUCAAUAGACUAAAGUCACAAAAUACUGUAAGAGCAGUUGAUCUAGACACAUAAAAGCUCAGAUUGACAGUAAGUAUCGCUUUCCAAGUGACCUACAAACUCAGUAAAUGUUUGGCCAUUUUUUAAAGUUGCAUAUUUAGUAAAGCUCUUCCUUAAGACUUUUACACAAGUUUGUAUAUUAAUAUGCCAAACUGAAAGUAUUGCCAGGCUAUUAAAGCCUUCUUAAUUUAAACCAGUGUUGACUCUCUCUCCGAGGCUGAACAGUUACUGGUCUGACACCAGUUUGCCAAAUUGUUCCAUCCCUUGGGCCUGUCUGUAGGCAGAGCCUGACCUGGAGGAAUUCAUUUGGGUUUCAUUGCUGAGCUGUUAAUCAUUCUCUCAACCGACACGUUAGUUCAGUAUGGUCAUGGGACUGUGGUAUUAUCCUCUCUUAACGUUCCUGCAGCCCUGUGUGAAGACUGUGUAGUUUGUAAUGUGCACCUGGGGAAACCUGGGUAAUGAGAUCUCACCACAUUCACUUUACAGUAAAAAGUGCAGCACGCCUUAAUUGUACAAAUUUGACAUACUUUUCCACGGGUUAUACUUUAGUGUAGAAGGGCCCUUCACUAAUUUACUGUUUUCUGAAUGUCAUGGUUUUUUAUUGUGUGAAAUAACUAGGGAGCUCUGUGUUUGUGACAGAUCUACUUAAAACUGCAAAUUAGUUGGAGAUCACAAGUUUGUGUGUAUCGGUGAAAAAUGGAACCAAGGGCUGCUGUUUUCAAACUAAAAAGUACGCAAUAAAGUUAAAAAAAGAAA